CGGAAGUCGCCGUGACGACUUCCUUAGUAACAAGGUGUAUUUAUGGCUAGCAUGUUUAGCUAAAUGCACGAAUGUAAAACGUUCUCUAAAUUGCUUAUUUUAUUUUAACGUAGUUGUAUUUUAUUGUAAGUAGCAAUGGGUGGGAAGUCGUAGCGUCGUAGCAGAAAUAAUUCCAGUUAUCUGUGAAGCUAACGUUAUCUAAGCUAACACUUAACUAUUUUAUUAACUAGACUUAGCACCGCUAACCGCAUCAUGUCUCCUUGAAGAAAUGAAUUCUCGUCAGUGGUGGUUAGUUCAGAUAUUUAUCAUCUUCUGUGGACGUUUGGCUCACGCAGCCACAGAAGCAGGGGUCACCUCAACCGUCACUCCCAGCCCUAUAUCUGGGGAGCCUCUUAGCUCAGCAACCCCUGCUCCAGGCGGUACAGCGGCAGCUGGCUCCACCAAUGUAGGGACCACUGAGGCGGUUACCCUGGACCCCACUCUGGACCCCUCUAGUCUGGACCCCACUCUGGACUCCUCCACCGUGGAGCCCACCCUAGACUACACAGCAACCACGUCGCUGAGUGUGUCUGAAGCUCCCACUGUGGUCACUGAAGCGCCCCCUGCAACCACAGUCCAACCUGUGGUGACUUCAGAGGGUUGUCUCUGUGAUUUAACCCCUGAUUUCUGUGACAUCGGCUGCUGUUGUGACACACUCAAUUGUGGUAUUGCAAACUUGAGCACUGUCUUCACCGAAUGUCCACAAAAAGCCAUUUCAGGAGUUUGUAUUGAGAAAUGGCUGAUGUUCAGGGCCAACGUGGAUUCGUCUCUUGUCACUGUGACUGACUCCUUGUUUUGUGUCCGGCCCGAAGAUAAAUCACCACAGUCCCUCCCAGCUCUACCUCAAUAUCCAGCUUUAGGGGACUCGUACCAUUUCUCACCACCAGCACCUACAGGCAGCAGCCACAGCAGAGAUUUCUACAGGGUUGAUGAUGUCAUCCAGACAUAUUUCUCUGGCUCGUCUGUGCGAGGUGUCCUCCGUCAGCCGUCUCCAGGGGUCGCCGCUGCAUUCUGCGUCAACCGCAACCCUGCAAGGUUCUUGAGGUCUGUGUCUCUGUCCUGUACCCGCAUGUUAACUCCUCAGUCGUGCACCACUGACCCAAAUCUCAACGCCCGCUCCUACUUCUCCGACCUGAGCCUGAUUAAGAUUCCAGUAGCCGAGACUGCACACAUGUCAGAAUUUCUGAUCUCAGUUACUCCACUGUCUGACUGGCCUGCACCAAGUGAACAAAACAACUCCUGCAUCAAUGUGGUGAAAAAUGUUGAGUUUGUCAUAGGAUACACAGGCAGAGGAGAACUCACAUAUGCAACAGUGAACGUAGUCUUAGCUGAUGUGGAUCCAAAUCAGUUGCUGUUGCAGACGCACUCUGUACAGUUCCAGCUUGCAACACCGAGCCCCACUCCAGGAGGACCGACCCCUGCGGUCGGACUGAGAGUGGGAUCUCCUGUCAUUGGUCGCUUUGAUGGAGAAGUGCAGCCUCUGAGCACAUUGGGGGUGUCACAGAGUGGGGAGUGCUCCUCUGACCCCAGCAGACGAGCAGCUGUCCUCUUCACACACAACACCAUCACUGGCUGCACCUUUAGUUCUCCAUCUGGUGAUUGUUCAGAGCUGCGCUCCCAGAUUUACGGGAUCUUGCAGGGACUUGCUACUCCUGAUGUGAUCGCCAUGAACAUGGGCUCCCAACCAGACUGGACGAGAGUCAUCACUCAGGAGUGUCCUGUCAGCCUGCAGGAAACAUGUGAAUCAGGCUGUGUCCUCCCCAACUCUCUGUCUAUCCGAGUACUGUGGGCCCGCCAGGGUCUCCUAGACCUUCCCCAGAACUUCAUCCUGGGGGCCAAAUACAUUUUCCAGUGUCAAAAUUUUAAGUGUCCUCUGUCGUCUCCGAUCACUCUAACCACUGAGGUGACAUUUGUUGACACUACAGUUUACCCAGAACCCCCCAGGGGCACGCCUCAGCCUAACUGGAAGUUUCCGUUUGGUUUCUUCACUAGAGGCGCUGCUGAGCUGGACGGGCACAUUGCCAUUAACAGUGCCGACACUGGGAAGGUCACAUUGAGUUUACUGCUGUUCACAGUCAUGUUACUAACAGGAUUAGAGCUCAUCACCAGGUAGUCG